AUGGCGGAUAUCCGGAUUCCUGCUACCUGCGCGGCAGGUUGUUUUGUUUUCCUGUGUUGUUUGUGUUUAUGUUUGUGUAAAGCGGCUGAGGAAGACUCCUGUUCCACGCCGUGUACCAACAUCACCGUGUUGGCUCCUGCCGGGCCGCCCGGACCUAAAGGGGCCAUGGGACCGAGAGGCCUCAGGGGUGAACCGGGACUGUGUGAGCCGUACCGGGGGAGAGGAGGAGGGUAUGACGGUACGAUGUUACCGACCGACAUUUCAUGCGCUCCGGGCGAGCCAAGUGUGACGGGACGGCCCGGUAACAAGGGAGAGCAAGGGCCGCCGGGUACGCCUGGCCUGCCCAGUCACGUUGGGCUCAAGGGCGAGCCAGGAGAAACAGGUUUGAGGGGUUUUCCUGGAGUAGAGGGCCCACCAGGCGAGAAAGGGGCACGAGGGUGGAUGGGUCUUCAGGGGAUCCCUGGCGCGAAAGGACCCAAAGGUGACCGGGGGCAAGUCGGUGAGAAGGGACAGGCAGGUGCGCAGGGCCCGCCAGGUGUGGGCUCACCUGGACAGAAGGGAGAGAAGGGUGCGCCAGGUGUACCGGGUCCAUCAGGUGCCACUGGCUCGUCCAACAUCGUACAGGGACCGCCCGGGUCCGGAGGUGUCCCCGGAGAGAAGGGCGACAGGGGGCCGCGUGGUAAACAAGGUGUACCCGGUUACCCAGGCCGACCUGGUCGAACAGGUGUACCAGGUGCGCCAGGCCGAAAGGGCGAUCCAGGUGGAACAGGUGCAAAUGGACAGCCAGGUAACCAGGGACAGAAGGGAAUGAAAGGCGAGUCGGGCUGGCCCUGCCGGUCGACUUGCGCUCCUGGUUCCCCGGCGGCGCAGCCGGCAGACCCGCCGUUCGUGGCGUUCUCCGCCGUCCUGGCGAACCGCGUCCUCAACGUGCCCGAAAACACGAUCGUCACCUACAACUCCGUCAUCACGAACGCCGGGAACGCUUACGACGAGAUCACCGGCAAGUUCGCGCCGUCCGUCCCGGGGUACUACAUGUUCACGUUCACCGGCAUGACCACCAGCGUGAAGGGGUCCGCCUACUGGAGCCGGCUGAAGAAGAACGGAAAACCGGUCAUCAGCCUGUACGACAAGUCUCUAGGAGAACACCUCUCCAGCAGUAACAGCGCCAUCUUGUUACUGAAGCCUGGGGACGAGGUUUGGGUGGAGCUGGACGCGCGGUCCUCCAUGUGGGGAGACUACACGGGUUACGUCACGUUCUCAGGGUACCUCAUACACCAUGUAUAACGAUAAAAUAGGAUUUUAGGCUUUGUACAAGUACAGUAAACCUAAUAUUUAGUCACAAAUCUUA